AUGUCGUCUAACGGUCAAACACAAGCUUGCUUUCAGAAGCUUAAUCGAAUAAAUGAAGACACUUGGUUGCAGAUGGGUUCCGCGGCAGAGUUGAUGCAGGAAUAUGAUCGGGCAAUGAAUGCUUAUGAAUCCGCUUUAAGACACAAUUCGUAUUCUAUUCCUGCUUUAUCCAGUAUCGCUGCUCUUUGUCGUGGAAGAGAACAAUUUCCAAAAGCUGUCGAAUAUUUUCAAAGGAUCUUGAAUAUUGAUCAGGCAAAUGGUGAAAUUUGGGGUGCUUUAGGUCAUUGUUAUUUAAUGAUGGAUGACCUUCAGAAAGCAUAUAGUGCUUAUCAACAAGCAUUAUUUCAUUUACCUAACCCAAAGGAACCUAAACUUUGGUACGGAAUCGGUAUAUUAUACGAUCGUUAUGGUUCACUGGACCAUGCCGAAGAAGCUUUCUCUCAGGUUAUGAGAAUGGAACCGAAAUUCGAAAAGGCCAAUGAGAUCUAUUUUAGGUUGGGAAUCAUAUAUAAACAACAACAGAAGUAUGAUCAAAGCUUGGAAUGUUUUAAAUAUAUUUUACAUAAUCCUCCGAGACCUUUGACUGAAGUUGAUAUUUGGUUCCAAAUUGGUCACGUAUAUGAGCAACAAAAGAACUUUAUGUCUGCUAAGGAGGCUUAUGAACGCGUGUUAACUGAUAACCCAAAUCACGCUAAGGUUCUACAACAGCUUGGAUGGCUUUAUCACCAACAAAGUGCAAGCUUCACUAAUCAAGAUCUGGCUAUCACAUAUCUAACAAAAUCACUGGAGUCUGAUGGUACUGAUGCUCAAUCAUGGUAUCUUCUUGGGCGAUGCUAUAUGGCUCAACAAAAGUACAAUAAAGCUUAUGAAGCUUAUCAACAGGCCGUUCGUGCGAUCCGCUUGAAUCCAUAUAUUAGUGAAGUGUGGUAUGAUCUUGGUACUCUAUAUGAAUCUUGUAACAAUCAAAUUAAUGAUGCUCUUGAUGCUUAUCAACGAGCUGCUGAAUUGGAUCCAAGUAAUCCACAUAUAAAACAACGGUUGCAAAUGUUGAGAAACCAACAAGCUGGUGGUCAAACAUCUGCUCCAAUUCCUCAAGACGUGAACCCUCAAGCAUAUCAAUCCCCUAAUGGUCCUCCUAACAUGCUUGGUGGUAAUACUCCAACAUUUGCUCAACCUACUCCUGGUCCUCCAGGUCCACCGGGUAUGCCAGGUUACAGUGGUAGACCAGUUGAUAAUCGUCCAAGUCAUACUUCAGGUCCUCUUUCGUUGUCAUCUAUUCCUAAUCACGGUGAAGGUUCUCAUCGUGAUUUACCACCUCCAAUGAAUAGAAGGAGUCCUGGUCCGAAUACUACUUAUACUCCUCCACCUCAUCUUAUUCGCGAUAGACCACCAACCCCGCCUAAUCAACAACAUACUCUUAAUCCAUUAAUUUCACCACAUGAUCAACGAUCUUUGACUCCUCACCAACCUCAACCACAACAACCACCACCUUUACGCCAUACUCCAGAUAAGCGUACUUCGUCUCCUUCUCCACAACUUCCUCAAAUUCAAAUGCAGGAUGAUCGACAUCCUAGACAUUCUCCUCCUCAAUUACCUGAACCAUAUCCAUCAUUGAGACCUAAUUAUCCUACUUCUCCACGGUUGAUACCACCUGAUCAUGGUAGCUCUCAGAUUCCAAGUUAUUCACAUCUUGAUAUCUCUCAUCAUCCACCUGUUGAUCGUCGAGAAUCUGAUAUUUAUGAUAAGGUUGUCAAGCCUGAUGAGCGACCUAGUAAUGGCGUUUCUUCUUAUCACCCAUCUGAGUCACUCACUUCAAAACAUGAUUCUCUUCCACCUCUUAAUUAUCAUGAUAAUCGUGAUAAUUUGGAAACGCCAAUGAAGAGAUCUGAUGAACAAUCUCUUCGUCCACCUGAUAAUACAAGAGCACCACAUCGUUCACAUUCAAUUGAACAUAGUGAGAGUAGAAUACAAGAUGAAGGGCAACUUGAUGAAAAACCAAUUCCACCAUUUCCUUAUCGUCAAGAAGAACAUCAUUCGAGGCAUCCAGCUGAUAUUAAACCCGAAGCUCCUAUUGCUCAGAGACCACCUCUUUCUGAAUCUCCUGUCAGAGAUUCUUAUAAUAAUGAACAACAACAUAGUCCUAUUUCAAAUGUUUCUAAUAAUGAAAUUCCUCGAAAAUCUUCAACUGAUCAGCGACCUGAAACACCACGUGAAAUUUCAAAAAUGUCAAUUCCUUAUCAAUCAGAACCUGAUCCACAUUCUCCUCCUGGAGAAUCAAGUCCACAUAUUAAUGAACAGAACAAUUCUACAUCUUCAACCAGUCCUCCUGAUAACGAUAAAUCAAUAUUAGCACCUAUUCGUAGUAAUUCUUCUGGUAAUGAACGAUCAUCUGGAUCUACGACUGCUCGCACAGUGGAUGAAGAUUAUGAUGGAACUACAACUACUGCUGAAACUUUAGUGAGCUUGAGUGAUCCCAGUGUUUCAUCUUCAUCUGCUGCACAAAAACGUUCAUAUUCACCAGUAAAAGGGGAUGAUACUGAUGAUCGUCGCGAUGAAGGUAAUGCUAAACGAAUGAAACCAUCACCAACGACUCCAGUAGAUGAUGCACAGUCUCCUAUAUCAUCUCAUUCAGAACGUGAAAGAGAAAGAGAUAGGCGAAAGUCUGAACAAAGUGCUAAUGGAAGUAAUUCUCCGGUUACUGGUGGUACUUCACCUUAA